UGGAAACUAAAAUAUUGAUAAAUAAUAAAAGGGCAAAAACAGGGAGGCAAAUGGGGGCCGGAUGUCGAUCCUAUAAAGCUCUCCUUCCCUUCAUGCUUUGUUGGAACUGAAACAUCUCCCACUUUAUCUCUCUGGGUGCACUCUGUUCUGCUUGUCAGCUCUUCGCCAUCACUUUGUGCUUUGAAACUGAAGCAUCUCUCCCUGUUUAUCCCUCUGGCUGCACUCUGCUUCUGCUUCUGCUUCUGCUCUUGCUCUGUUCACCAUCGCAUCGUUUCUUCUUCUUUAGCUAGUCUGCGCUCAGCUGCAGGCGCUUCGGCUUCAAAAUCAGCGGCGGAUGCAGAUGAGGAUAGAUUAGAGUACUGGAGUUCGUGCGAGGAGUAAGCAGAUCAAGCUACCUUUAAUUAUGGAGUCGAUGAAGAAGGCUGAGCGCAUCGGUGACGCAUCCAAAAGCCUUCCGUCGCGGCCGAAGCGCCGUCAAUCGAGGGACUUACAGCGGACGCGGCAGCGCGUAGUGCGCAUCUUUUGUGUUGACGAUGACGCGACUGACUCUUCCGGCGACGAGGGCGGGUGCUUCCGCCUACGGCGUUUCGUUCAGGAAGUAGUGUUGGAGAACAGAGCGGGCGCGGCGGAGGCUAGGAAGAGCAAGGCCACCAAGGGAGGCGGAGGCACCGUCGAGAAGAGGACGGUUGUUCCACCUGCAGCGUGGGGCCGCGGCAGCAAGGACGAGGGCGAACGGAGGUUCCGCGGUGUCCGGCGUCGGCCGUGGGGCAAGUACGCGGCCGAGAUCAGAGACCCACGGAAGCGGGUGCGCCUGUGGCUAGGCACCUUCAACACCGCAGAGGAGGCGGCCAAGAUGUACGAUUCGGCCGCCAUCAAACUACGAGGUCCGGACGCCUCCACCAACUUCCCCGCCGCCGUGCCCAAGGAGAACCUCUCGGAGAACAAUCCCACCUCCAUCUCCGGCGGGUACGAGUACGACACCGGGGAGGAGUCGCGCGACAUCGCCUCCCCGACCUCCGUCCUCCGCGGCUUCUCCUCCUCUUCCUCCAAGCCAGAGGAAAAGCCCAAACCUCAUACGACGAGAUUCACGGCCAACCCGCCCCCGUUGGAACUAGGCGGCUUCCUCCCCUUCAAAGAGGAGAACGCCCUCUUCGACGACUUGCUUCGAUUCGACGCGCCAGAGCCGCUCGGCUUCCUCCACGAGGAGGCAGUGGCUCCGACCGGCUUCCUGGAGGAGGACCUGAGCGACGCCAUUCUCGGACCAGGGUUCGACGACUUCGCUCCCUUGGCGUUCUGCGAAGGGGCGGUGGCGGCCGACGAUCUCUUCGCCGACAUCGGCGACUUGUUCGCUUUCUAAUUAAUUAUUCGCUUCCUUUUUCAAUUUUCGUACUUCGAUUUCGAUGUUAUUAUUAUUUUUGGUUGCCAGAAAAUGUCUCCGUCCGUCCGCUCCUAACGGCGAGGAAAUGGAUUCCCGGGAAUUUUAUUUUUCAGUUUUUUAUUUAUUUAUGAAUUAAUGCGUA